CGCCGGGCGGAGGGGUGCGCGCGCACGAGCGAGCGACCGUGACGUGCGCCGCGCUACGCCCGACGUCACGGGUCCGUGUGUAGUGGCUGCCGGGCUGCCUGCCCUCAGCGGCGGCGCCUGACGAGGGUGCCGCGGCCGCUGGGCGCAGCGUUCGGGGGUUGCACGGCCCGCGGCGGCGACGAAAACAACGACCAGGACGCUCGGCGCCCCUGUCCGCAGAGUCGCCACUCCCGCCUCGUCUCCGGUCUCUAGCGACGCGGGCCCGCGGCUUCCUCCUUUCCUGCCCAGUUCCCCGCGGGCCUCGGGGUUGCAGCGGCUAGAAGCGCCGAGGAGCGCCAGGAGGACCCGGCCGGCUGCGAGGAUUCACGCGCCCGCCACCCCGCCCGGCCCGGGUUUCAUGUGAAAGAAGGACGGGCCUGGCCCCAAGGCCCGCGCCCGACUCCUCGCGCGCCCCUCCGGUCCCCGGGGGCCCCGCGGCAGCCCCCGACCUGGGGCCGCGGUGACAGGCCGCGCUGGGGCGGAGGGGCGGGCUCGGCGGGGGCGGCCCCUCCUUGGGCCUGCGGCUCUCUACGUCCCUGCGGAGCAGCCGGCCAUAAAGAAUGCUGAUGGGAGAACCAUUUUCCUAAUUUUCAAAUUGUUGAGCUAUUUGCCGUAAUGGAUGAUCAGCAAGCUUUGAACUCAAUCAUGCAAGAUUUGGCUGUCCUUCAUAAGGCCAGUCGACCAGCAUUAUCCUUGCAGGAAACCAGAAAAGCAAAAUCUUCAUCACCAAAAAAACAGAAUGAUGUCCGAGUCAAAUUUGAACAUAGAGGAGAAAAAAGAAUCCUUCAGUUCCCCAGACCAGUUAAACUGGAAGAUCUGAGAUCUAAAGCUAAAAUUGCCUUUGGACAGUCUAUGGAUCUACAUUAUACCAAUAACGAGUUGGUAAUUCCAUUAACUACUCAAGAUGACUUGGACAAAGCUGUGGAACUGCUGGAUCGUAGUAUUCAUAUGAAGAGCCUCAAGAUAUUACUUGUAAUAAAUGGAAGUACACAGGCUACUAAUUUAGAACCAUUGCCAUCACUAGAAGAUUUGGAUAAUACAGUAUUUGGAGCAGAGAGGAAAAAACGGCUAUCUAUAAUAGGUCCUACUAGUAGAGAUAGAAGUUCUCCUCCCCCAGGUUACAUUCCAGAUGAAUUACACCAGGUUGCCCGGAAUGGGUCAUUCACUAGUAUCAACAGUGAAGGAGAGUUCAUUCCAGAGAGCAUGGACCAAAUGCUGGAUCCAUUAUCUUUAAGCAGCCCUGAAAAUUCUGGCUCAGGAAGUUGUCCAUCACUUGAUAGUCCUUUGGAUGGAGAGAGCUAUCCAAAAUCACGAAUGCCUAGGGCUCAGAGCUACCCAGAUAAUCAUCAGGAAUUUUCAGACUAUGAUAACCCUAUCUUUGAGAAAUUUGGAAAAGGAGGAACAUAUCCAAGAAGGUAUCAUGUUUCAUAUCAUCAUCAAGAGUAUAAUGAUGGUCGUAAAACUUUUCCAAGAGCUAGAAGGACCCAGGGGACCAGCUUACGGUCUCCUGUGAGUUUCAGUCCUACUGAUCAUUCCUUAAGCACUAGUAGUGGAAGCAGUAUCUUUACCCCAGAGUAUGAUGAUAGUCGAAUAAGAAGAAGGGGAAGUGACAUAGACAAUCCUACUUUGACCGUAAUGGACAUCAGCCCACCCAGCCGUUCACCUCGAGCUCCGACCAACUGGAGAUUGGGCAAACUGCUUGGCCAAGGAGCCUUUGGAAGGGUCUACCUCUGUUAUGAUGUUGAUACAGGAAGAGAACUGGCUGUUAAGCAAGUUCAAUUUGACCCCGAUAGUCCUGAGACCAGCAAGGAAGUAAAUGCACUUGAGUGUGAAAUUCAGUUGCUGAAAAACUUGCUACAUGAGCGAAUUGUUCAGUAUUAUGGCUGUUUGAGGGAUCCCCAGGAAAAAACACUUUCCAUAUUUAUGGAAUAUAUGCCAGGGGGUUCAAUUAAGGACCAAUUAAAAGCAUAUGGCGCUCUUACUGAGAAUGUGACUAGGAAAUACACCCGUCAGAUUCUGGAGGGUGUCCAUUAUUUGCACAGUAAUAUGAUUGUCCAUAGAGAUAUCAAAGGCGCAAAUAUCCUGCGAGAUUCAACAGGCAACGUCAAACUAGGAGAUUUUGGGGCCAGCAAACGGCUUCAGACCAUCUGUCUCUCAGGGACAGGAAUGAAGUCUGUCACGGGCACACCAUACUGGAUGAGCCCUGAAGUCAUCAGUGGAGAAGGCUAUGGAAGAAAAGCAGACAUCUGGAGUGUUGCAUGUACUGUGGUAGAAAUGCUAACUGAAAAGCCGCCUUGGGCUGAAUUUGAAGCAAUGGCUGCCAUUUUUAAAAUCGCCACUCAGCCAACAAACCCAAAGCUGCCACCUCAUGUCUCAGACUAUACUCGAGAUUUCCUCAAACGGAUUUUUGUAGAGGCCAAACUGAGACCUUCAGCUGAUGAACUCUUAAGGCACAUGUUUGUGCAUUAUCACUAGCAGCCAGUAACCUCUCCUGUGCCUCUACCUAGCUCCCAUCUAUUCAUUCACCUUCUCUCUGACUGCACUUUUCUUUUUUAUAAAAAAAGAGAGAUGGGGGAGAAAAAAGACAAGAGGGAAAGUAUUUCUCUUGAUUCUUGGUUAAAUUUGUUUAAUAAUAAUAAUAUCCUAAAUUUUUUAUAUUUAAUCUUUUUUUCCCUUACAAGAACUUGAAGUUUUUUUUUUUUUUAAUUUUUAUAAUGUACUGAUGUGGUUCAGAGAGAUAAAGCACUUUAGUACAUAGUCACUCUUUUUAGUACAAACAAAUCAUUUGGAAUACCUAAAGAUUGUAGAGUCAUUCCCUCUAUCACUGACACAUCAGUGACGAUGGGAAGACAUGGAAAACAAGGAGAAGAAAAUGAUGUAUAAUUUGUAGUUUUUAGUGAUAGUAUUUAAAAUAUAUCCUCAUUUGUGGGGUUGAGCCCUAAACUUUAGUUUAGGGUAGGUACUCAACUUAAAGAAUAUAGGUUUCUUCUUAUUAUCUGUAUUCUUUAGAUCCUAACCUCUGUCUACCAACCUUUUUGCUCAGUAGGAGUCUUGAUAGAAGAUAUGAAUCUCUGAGAGGUAUGUUUAUUUGUUAAUCUUAACCAGUAUAAUAAGCAAAUACACUAUAAUAGAUCCAUGUUACUGGAAUCUGUAAACCUUGAGGGAUAGCUUUCUGCUUAAAAACACACACACACACACACACACACACACACACACGGAAAACUUUUAUUUUAAAGUCAAGUUGUGAGCAAAUCGAAAUAAAAGACAAAAGGACAUCACUCUUAUCAAAUGUGUGAGCAGUAGAAGAGACCACAUUUACAGUCAAUAGAAAUAACGAAAAAAAUUAGGUGUUUAGUGUAUUUUAAACAGUUUCGUUUUGUUUUACUUGAGGGGGACGUCCCAAAAUUAAAGGAAUGGAGAAAUAAUCAAAAUCAUGUAUACCAUCUUCUAUUUCCAGCUCCUGAUUCCCCAUAGGUAACAUCCCUUAGGAGCGAAGAGUUCAAUUAGUAAUGUUUAUGUGUUAUGUCAGGAGAUGAAACCCUUGUUCUUAAGAUCACAGAAUACUAAAGCACCUCAAAAAAACAGGUAUCAUGUGAAACAGUGGUUGCCAAAAGUGGAGCGAGGAUAAUUUCACUAGGCAUUUGGCAAUUCUUGGAGACAUUUUUGGUUGUCACAAUUGGAAGGAUACUAGUGGCAUGAAUUGGGUAGAGGCCAGGGAUGCUGCUAAAUAGAUUAUAAUACAGGAGGAAAGCAGCCUCAAAGAAUUACCCCUCCCAAAAUGUCAAAAGUGCUGAGGUUGAGAAACCCUGAUGUAAAGAUCAGUCCCAGUUAUAAACUGAAAACAGCUAUUUACAAAGCAGUAAAUGCAAGAAAGAAAAGGAAGUCGCAAAGAGAAAGUGAUGUAAUGCAAAUUGAGGAUUUUACAAGAUCAGAUACUGCUGCUUUAAGUCAAGGGUGAAUAAUCUCAACAAACAGCAAAUAGCAAUCACUUUACCAGCUGCAUAUUGCACCCACAUAGGUAACUCUUCAUUUUAGGAACAAACUGAAUUUGAACACUGAGCCUUUUGAACUCAGCCAUCUCUAUAUAUUCUUUCCUUAAAAUUCAUGAUUUUGGGCAAAAAAAAAAAAAAAAAAAUAUCAAAACAAAGUUUUAACUACUAAUGGGAAGGUUAAAAAGCUGCCAGGUAUUUCUAGUACAAUGUAUCCACUAAGAGCAAGGACAUUGUUAAAUGGAACAAGACAGCUGGGAAAGGCCCCACUAUCUCUAAUAGAAUUGUGCUACUAUAAAACAUGAAGAUAUCAGCAAUUUGGCCACUUGCAGUUUUUUUCAGCAUGUUAAAGCAAGUGCUAAGUACUUUAUUAGUACUUUAUUUAGUACUUUAUUUUAAAGGUCUAGAAAACAACAGUCUUCCUGGAGGCCCCAGAAUCCCUUUCAUGGGAUUCAUAAGGCACUCAGGUAUUCUUAUUUUCUGCCAAAAGGUGUGCUUAUUUAGGGACUCUUUUACGAUACUUUGUUUCUGAAGUUAGGUAGAUCUUGGUUUACUGUGCCAAGGUCCUACCUAGCAUUCCCUGUAGGAAUAUUUGAAAUUCCACUAGCUAGUCUAAGAAGUCAAAGCACAAAAUUAAUUGUCAACGCUUCUCUCAUACUCUUAAAAUUGAAGCAGUUUGCAGGGAAGAACAAGAAUGAGGUGUCCCUGCCUUGGUAAAGCAACUGCCAAAUGUUGUUCUAGAAAGAAUCCCCAAGUGUGUGGAUCUAUUAUAAUUUCUUUAUCUUUUAUGAAUGAGGGCAUCUUUUCUACUUGAGCAAGAUCAUGGUCCUCGACCAGUGGGCUUUUCCUUCAUAUCUGUCUUGUGUAGUUGUGCUUUUCCUUUGGCUCGUUUUUGGUCUGUCAGGGUAACCAGCAGUGCAGAAUAUGAGACAAAUGCUCUUUAGAGAGAAAUCUGGUGAGACUGUAGAACCCAGAGCAAAACUGUUUUUUUUUCAGUCUCUGUUUUCUUUUCUAAAUGCUAUAGAAAAUAAAGGCACCUGAAAAGAAACUACUACUUUAACACUGCUGUGGAAGGCCUUUGCUUUAUAAGAAAAAUAUUAUUAGCUAUGGGAAAGUAAUGUUCUUUAUGUAAAGACUUAAAAAUAGACUAAUAGUUUACAGAGUUAUUAUAUAAAAUAUGAUGUGAAUUUAUUUCAAACAAGUUGUGAAGGUACCAAAAACCACAAUAAAAGUUAAUAUAUAUAAAAACUACUAGAACAAAAAAGCUUGAAGGUGUGGGGGUGGAGGGUAUGGAAGACCAAAAGUAAAUGUAAAAAAUAAAUUUUUGAAAGGAAACAGCUUCAUCAGGGGAAGUUAAAUAUAACACUCCGUUUUUUUCUUCUUUCUAAUAAUGAUAUGGAUCAACAAAUGCAAUUUGAACUUUUUAAGAUAACUCUAAAUGUGUUUUGUUUCUUAAAUGCACAAUUGAUUCUUCUAUACUGUAAUGCUUCUUUGCUGACGCUGGAAAAUGGUCAGACUGCUGACUUUGUGCCUUUAAAAUGCAUUCUGCUUUGACAGUGGCAGACUUUUUGGUGCUGGAGAAGAUUCACUAGCAGUCUUAUAUGUGCUUUUCAGGAAAUAUCUUUCUACUUAAGGCCUUGAGAGAUUCAAAGUGGCAUGACUUAGGCUUGGACCAAAUAUAAGAUCUUUUACAUUGCAAACAAAGUGUUGUAUUGAAUAAAAGGGUUAAAAAAAUCAUAAUGACUAGUGGAAAUUUUGAUGGGUUGUUAAUUAUUUAAAAUGUAUUUAAAAGUAUACAGACUGAAAAUUUCAGUAUGAAUAUCUUGAAAAUUUUCAGCACUUUUCCUUGUUUACAAAACAUCUUUCUAACUUAAAAAAAUGACUAUUGCCUUAGAAAGUUUUAAAAGGCACAGUUACCCUUACAUAACAUAUAUAAGGAAUUAAAAUAUUAAUGCAUUUGCUGAACUGUAAAAGAAAAUUUUAAACCUUGAUUUCAGAGUGAAUUGGAUUGGCUUUCACUUGAGAGAGUCUUUACCUUAUUCCCAAAGAAACUGCAUUAAAAAGAUGAAACUAUUUCUUUAGACUAAGUCUCUGCUACUCCAGCUCAUAUAUAUGUCAGAUCUGCUCUGUAGUAUUUCUGACAUGGAGUUGUUAUAAGAUAUGUGAAAUCACUUAGAAAAUAAAAUCAGAUGUGAAUAGUUUAGCAGGAUGACCAAGCCGGAUGUAGACUCCUUGGCCUAUGGCAAAGUUCUGUGCCAGUGAUUUUAUUUGGAGUCUGGGAACUGAUAGCUUGAUAUAAAAUCACCUGGUGUCAAUUAAAUAUACAAAUCUAUCUUUUUUAAUAGAAUGAAUCUUCUUUGUUUGUUCAAUAAUUGUAACUUAUUAUGUCAGGUACUAAAUUAACAUCCUUAAGGAGGUCACAAUCUAGGAGGAACAUGGGCAAACAGUUACUUAUUUUAUGGCAUACGCUAACUCUGAAAGUUCAGCAAUGAUGUUUUAAAAUGUUAUUUUUUAUUAAGGGAAAAGCAAUUUUAGGUAAUCAUUGGCUGUUAUAAACGGAAAUGUCACUGACAACAGGGAUUAGAGUAAAAGUAUCCCCAAACUGGAGGGAUCCCCUCCCCAACCAGGUCACAUAGCAUCUCUCUCAGGACCCCCUCUUACUGCAAAACCCAGCCUCUACUCAACAGUUCUGGUGAUGGGGAGCAUUUAUUCCAUAACAGUGUUUUUUUGUUCUUUUUUUUUUUUCCCCCAGUGUCUCUUUUAAAGAAAACAUACUUUAUUUCGGUCUAAAUUGUGAAAAUACCCAAAACAUUUGAUAGAAAUUGAACUCUGUCAACAGUGUUACUUAUACUAAGAUCAGGACAGUUUCUUGAGAUCAUACUGUUUUAUUACUAGGUUUGGCCUUUGUUUUACAAAUGUAAUGUUCGUAUUUAUUUGAAUUUUAAGAUUGGUUAAAAUGUUAAUGAAAAGCAAUCCAAUUGUUAAUUUUUAGUAGUGCCUUUUCUCUGUAUGCCUUAAUUUUAUUUUAUAUUAAUAAUUCAAGUUACCCACCAAAAUGAAGAUUUUUUCCAAAAUCAGUAGGCUUCACAAGUUCAUUUGGCCUUAGACUGUGUAUUGGUCCUUAAAUGUUUCUUAAUGCCUGCCUCCUCCUACCCUUUUCUACCUCCUUUUUUAAAAAAUAAAUAAAUAAAGAAAUUUUAGGAGAGAAACAUUAGGAUUUGUCUGUGAUAGACACGCUGCAGCUUCCACUAGACAUGAAUUCCCAACACAAGCAUAGAAAGAGGUAUUCUCGUUCUAAAGAGACAUGUAAAUGUUUUCUGGGUUGAAUAUUUGAUUUUCAAUCACAUUGGCACUGUCCAAGUUCUUGGCAUAUUAUAGUUCAGUUAUGAUUUUCAUGGUAGAGUUACAGUACUUGUUUUUGCCCUAAAGAAGUCAUUCACAUGGUUUACAAAUGUUAAGGCAAUGAGAUAGGACAGUGAGUAGGAAAUCCAGGGAUAGCAGAUUCUAGUCCUUAAUUCUCAGCUAAUUAGAUUUUGGGUAAUACUCACAGAAAAGAAAGUUACUUUUCUGUGAAGUGUGUGCAUGUGUGCGUGUAUGUGUGCGUGUGCAUGCGUGUGUGUGUGUGUGUGUGUGUGUGUGUGGUUAGAGUUGGAGGCAGGGAUGGGAAGGAAGAAGGGGAAAGGUAUGAGUGUUCAAUUAGGUCAGUUUCUGGUUUUGGAAGAACAACUCAAAUGUAUGACCUACUGAUGACAUACAGUGAGUGUAGUCAUCCUUGGGUAGGAACACCAGUACAUUUUCCAGAAGUAGCUAGUACAAAUGAUUGUAUAAUAAUAUUGAUUGUAGAUUGCCAUACUCUUGGUUGCUAAAGGUAGAUUAAAAUUCAAUUUGUGUAUAUGUAAAAUAAUCUUAUAUAGAAUUCUUAAAUAGAAAGUAAUUGAUUUUACAUAGUUCUUCCUGAACUUUUUGGAACUGAAAUUCUGCCAGACAUUAUCAAAAUAAGCUUCCUUAGCUUACCAGGUAUUCACAAGGAAAUUCUCUUGUACCUCUUUUUGGUUGGCUAGGGGAAGCAUGCUGUGAAGCAGCUAUUCCUACUUAUAGUUGUCUUUGGCUUGGCUUUGACUUCUGCCAUGGUUUGGACAGGAUGCCACGGUAGGUGUGGGAAGUAUCAGGGCCUCCCAUCUUCCCAUACUCACCUUCCAGAGCUGUUGAUGGAAAUGAGCUCUUGGGGGAGCCUAGAGAUUCUUUUUUCAGUGGUCCUGUAAGCAUUCAAGGUUGAGCUUCAGAAAGAUGAGGGAGGAGUCAUAGCUACAGUAAAGAAAAGAAUAGAUUUUAUCUGUUGCCUGUAUACAGUCUCAUAGAAUUCUUCUUAUUUUUUAUAAUUGUGCAUUUUAAUCGAUAGUCAUAUGGUAUUUUUGUUAAUAACAGCAAAGGCAUUAAAUCAGUACCAUUGUUCCUUCUGCCUGAUGACUUCUUGUUUGUAACACAAUCUGUAUUAUCAGAAUCACUUUAAACCAAAGCUUUUAUAUUCCCUGUACACAUAGCCAAAAUAAUUAGCACUGUUACUUCUGUGCACUUGUAAGCUAAUAGUAUAAAAAUUAUAAAGCAGAUACUAGUAGAAUUUGUAUUCUGGUAUAUCCUUCAAGGAAAAGGACAGGUGAUCAGUGCAUUUAGACAUCCAGAAGUUACUUCCACUAUUGAGGAACUAUGUAGACAUGAAUUUAAGCUUGUACAUGUGCCAAUCUUGUUAAUGUCACUUGACCACUGAUUCACAUAGACAGACAUUAACGUCUGAUGCCUCAGGUUGAUGGCGAACUUUCUUCCUAGUGUCUUAACAUUUAUGAACUUAUGUUUGACUUGAGGGGCAUUUCAGCAAAGCUGUAAGGAAAAGUAGAUUCUGGACUGAUGUCUGCUUUGUGCCAUAGACAUUUUGGAACAUAAGGAAGUAUCUGCUUCUACUAUAUGUACAGGACUUGUCCCCAAAUAAUUUCUGAAUCCCUUAAUGCAGUUGAGAAUCCCUUAAUGCAGUUGAGAAUCCCUUAAUGCAGUUGAGAACAGUAAAGUUCAUGACCAUACCCAAAAGCACUUUUAAGUUCACUUCUUUUUAAAUAUUGUUUUAGAAUUUAUUUUUUAAAAGCAUAUGUAACUAGUGAUGAUUUUAGCAUUAGCUUUAUUUGGAGGGGAGAAGAAACAAAAUUACACCUUAAACUCUAUUAGAUAGACUACAAAAUGGAUUUGAUGUAUUCUUACUUUUCCAAAGAAUUUUUUCCACCUGGAAUAAGAAGAGAGGACUAGUUGAAACAUUUGAGCUGGAGAGGCUUAUGGGCAAAAUGAAGUGGGCCAAAUUCUUGCAAUACACCCUAUUCAAUUGAAAGUACAGUGUCUAAGGAUAAGAAUACUUCUUUAAAGACCAACAAUUGUUUUAAUGCAAUCUUAAUUAGUAAAUGGUUUACAUUUUUUCUAUUGUUAUUGGUUUUAAAAUUUGCUACCCUGAAUUCUGAAAUAUUAUAAGAGUUAAUACCAAAAAUACUUUUAAUGUCUGACAUCUCUUACAUUUCACAUGGUUCUUUUUAUUCAUUGUAAAUAAAAGUAAACUUGGAUAAAUUUGAGAAUAAACUUUGAAUUGUUGCAAACUGAUUAUCAAUUUGUAAAUUUACCCUUUGACAUAAUAAUGUACAUUUUUAAAUGUAGCCAUUAAAUUCUCUAUAUUUAACCUAUUGGUUUCUCUCUAAAUGUUUUUAAUCUCAGUUGAAUGCUGGGCAGUUUAUAAUUAUGUACAAAGGGUUUUUUUCCUAUUAAGAUUGACAUUUUUGCACAUUUUUGGAAAUGUUUAAUUUGUACACUGAUUUACUACUCUGACCAAUAAUUGUUGAUGAGUGUAUGAGCAUCAUGAAUGCGUGCAUUGAACUACUGUCUGUGUCUUUAUGUUUUAACUUCUUUCAAGAUGUAGCCAUCAGUUACUGCACUGCUAUUACUGACUUAAAUGGACCUUUUUGCUUUUACAAACUAUACUUAUCUAUGGUUCUUUGUUGAAGAACUCAGGAGUUCGACAUUAAUAGAAAUUAGAAAAUUUUAUAAUGUAUUAUAAAAUCCAUUACUAAGUUGAAAGUAUAACUCUGUGUAUCAGGGGAUGUAUGUUUGUGUGGAGAUUUUUUUUGUCUGUAGGCACAUGUAUAUAUCCCAGUAAGUUCUUAUUUUCAUUUCAUUUCUACAUUUUUAUGAACUUGUUUUAUAAGGGUACUGUUUAGUUGUGAUAAUUAAAUAUAUAUAAAAGCUUUCUGAGAGAUUAUUUACUAUAUGAAUAUAUUUUCAGCUGGCUGAUCAAAAGUAUUUUUAAAAUUUUGUUUUUAGCCAUUCAAAAUGUAUUUGUAUUUUCAGAAUUGAAUGCAAAUCAUACUUAGAGCUCAAUUAAAAUACUCUUGCAAGAAAAAGCAUUAAAUUCUCUUUGAGAAUUCUGUGAAAUGCAAAUUAAGGGAAAAAUAGGUUUCAAGCAGUAGCAAAAACACACCGCUAAAAAUGGCCUUUGAAUUCUCAGAGCUGUGGAAAAAUGUGAGAAACUAAAUUGUCUCGAGAUGUCAAGAUUUUUCUAUCUCCAGUUGCUAUUGGCCUGUCCUACUGUUGUCUUUGAAUAUUUCCUGUAUUCCACCCCAAAAGAUUUCAACUUUUAGUUUUUCUAUCACUGGGCAAGGUCAGACUGGGUUUAUAAAACAACAUAUUGGCAUAUUGUGAUUCUUUGUAAUUGACUAUAAAUUGGUUUUGAAAUGUCCAAACAUACGUUGUGUGUCUUUAUAUUGUACUGUGUGUUUUAAGUAACUGGCAGAAAAAGAAUUGGAAAUGAAAUUUCCAAUCAGACAAUGUAGUAUUAAAGAAAACUUUGUUUUAAAUAUGCGGUACCAUGUAAAAUUACUCGUGUUAGGAAUAAAGUCCACUGUUGAAGUUGAAUGUCACUAAGCUUAUUAUGUUAAAAGGAACCAGUGUGAUUAGGAAAACCUACCAGAAGCCAGAUACAGUGUGGUACGUGCCACAUUUCAUGCACAUUUUGAUUUUGUGUUGUCAUUCAAAAUUGUGCUUGUAAAAAUGUAUACAAUUUCUGAGUUUUAUAAUUUCUAGGUACUUGUUUUUUCUUGCUGGUAAAUAGCUUUUUUUAAAAAAAAUCUAAUAUAAAAGAAACCAUGUUUAUAUUUUGUUAGUGAUCAAUGACUUUGUUUAUAUGGAAAUUUGUAUAUUGUUGGCACACAUUUUGUUCAGGUUUACAUGCAUGAAGGCCUGCAAUAAUUAGCACAAUGAAAACUGCUUUUUCUUACAUGUUCAUUUUUUUGAAAGAUUGUGGUGCAAAGGCUUACUCUAAGUAACCUUCUGGACUAUGGAAUGAAUAUAAAUGAAUGGCACUUUGAGUGUUAAUAAAGCUAAUAUUUAUUUCCACUGUGA